UAACUUUAUCUAAAGGGGUUGGCCGUAAUUUAAGAUGUAAGUACAUAGUUAAUCUAUCUUAAAUCAAUUUAAUGAGAUCAUAAGAAAUUAAACAAAUCGAAAAAAAAAAGAGAAAAAAAAACAAAGAAUGGGAAACAGAGAAGAAGUGGGAAAAUAGUAGAAAAUCACUUCCCAAGAAUCAAGACUAGACUUUAGGCAACAUCCCCAAGAAUAUCUGGAAACUCUCGAAAAAAGGGCUAAAAUUCGAAUAACCGUCCAAAAAAUUAAUUCUUGAAAAAUUAAUUGAAGCUUUUGAUCCUCGCAGCAUUCGACCAUGGCUGGGCCAUCAUGGUUGUUUGACCCGAAUAGAAUCGCCACUAAAAUAAGGAGCGCAUCUGGUUCACUCGAUGCAUCAAAAGUCAACUGGAAAAGCAACCCUUCGAAAAGCUGCCCAAAUUGCCAAUACGUUAUCGACAAUAGUGAUGUGGCUCAUGCAUGGCCUGGAUUACCUCGUGGCGUGAAAUUCGAUCCCACCGACCAAGAAAUUAUUUGGCAUUUAAUUGCGAAAGCCGGUGUCGAAAAUUUGACUCCCCACGCUUUCAUAGAUGAAUUCAUUCCAACUGUUCAUGAAAGUGAUGGCAUUUGUUACACACAUCCUCAAAACUUACCCGGUGUGAAGCAAGACGGAAGUGUAUCCCACUUUUUCCACAGAGCAAUCAAAGCUUACAACACAGGUACAAGAAAGCGUCGAAAGAUACACGGUGACGACUGUGGAGACGUACGCUGGCAUAAAACGGGUCGAACCAAACCCGUUUUAUUGGAUGGUGUGCAAAAGGGUUGUAAAAAGAUUAUGGUUUUGUAUAUAAGCCCCGUGAGAGGUGGCAAGGCUGAAAAGACUAACUGGGUCAUGCACCAGUAUCACUUGGGCACGGGUGAGGACGAAAUGGAGGGCGAAUACGUCAUUUCCAAAGUGUUCUAUCAGCAGCAACAACAACAAGUCAAAGUUAUUGAAAAGAGUGAAGAAGAAGAAGAAGAUAAUAUUUCUGAUAAUAAUAUUAUUGCCAAAGUGGACCCCGUCACCCCAAAGUCAGCCACUCCCGAGCCUCGUGCAGAAAGGAGGUUUUCGAAUUACGAAUCUGUGCAAGAUUCUAUAAUUCCAAAUGUAGAGCAUGAGAACGAGGGCCUUAUGGAAGACGAGUUAUUGGAAAUAAACGAGUCGCAGUAUUUUGCUGAGUUCGCAGCAGCUGUUGAAGGGCUGUCUCUUUGCGACGAGCUUCUCCAAAGCCAAUCUCCAAAUAGGGAUGAAACUGACGAAAGUGGCAAAGUUAAAGGACUGAAUUGCAAAACCCGUCUUUCUGACUACGCUCGUUUGGGACCGGAAGAUUUGAAGAGGGAUUUGGAGGAAUGCCAAAAUAUGGCUGUUUCUGAUCCAGCAGCAAACAUAGAAAUCGACGACACCCCUCCCGAUUUUCGAUUGAGUCAACUCGAUAUUCCUGAUUUUCGAUUGAGUCAACUCGACACUCCUCCUGAUUUUCGACUAAGCCAACUCGAGUUUGAGUCUCAAGAUAGCUACAUCGCUUGGGGUGGAGGAGGAAAGAAGAUUGGCUAGAGAUCCCGAAUUCUCCGGAAGCUUCUUUUUUUGCCGGAAGCUUUUAAUUGGUAUAUGAUUUUUCAUUCUGAUGAUCAAGAUAUUACUUGAAACAAAUACUUAAUUGGUGCUAGCGAUUAUUAUAUUUUUUGACGAAUUAAUUAGGCGCAUCAACCAAACUUGUUUUGAUGAAUUAGCCGUUCGUAAUAUAUUAUAUAUGCUUGUCAUCUUCUAUAAUCCCGUCGUUAUUUUUUAAAAAAAAAAAAUUCCGACACAAAAUAAAAUAUCUAGAAGCUACUAUAGUAGGAGCGUUCGAAUUUGGAACGAUGCAUGAAUUUGUCUGACUUUUACAGGUCAUUUAAGGGUUUGUGUGCCCCUCAAAUAUGCAAUAAAGUGCAUGAACCUGGAGAACUUGGAUCUUUUACAGGUCAAUAAGGUUGUUGUUUUUGUAACAUGCAAUAAUUAAUAUAUACAUACAUGCAUGCAUACAUACAUAUAUGUAUGUAGUAUAUGAA